AUGUCUUUGGCAGCCGCUACUUUUCCCCCGACGCGUGCGCGAGUGGACCGCCGACGCAAAGUGGGACUUGCAAACGCAGUGGCGCAGGGCCGGCCGCUUUAUCGCGUGGGAAUCAUCAGCGAGAGUGAAAUCGCCGACAUACGACGCCUUGCGAACGCCGAUGAGGGAGCAUUUGAUGCCUACAGACGAGAGGAGGACGCGCGUCGGCGGGAGGCUUCCAAGGCACGCACGGACUUAUGGCCGGACACAAUGCAGGCGAAACAGGAGGCAUUUUUGCGCCGGCGAAAAGAUGAUAAGGCGGAGGAGGAGCGUCGUGCGAACAUCAUCCUCGAGUUGGAUGCGCAGCAGCAGGAAGAGGAACGGCGGCAGCGGCAGGCGCAGCUCGCCUUGAAGUACUUGAAGGAAGACCCCCGUGGUCGUAAUGUGCGGAGCCUGUUGAUGCUGGACGAGGCGAUAAAGGACCGUGAGGCACAGAUAGCCUUUAAGAAGGAGGUCAAGCGUCAGGAGGCGGAGAACGAAAAAGAGAAGCAAGAGUUGUUACAGCGGGAACAGGGUGAAAAACGCCUAACCGAGGAGCAGGAGAAGCUCGCCCGACGAUCUCGCAAUGUGGAGGAGAAAAAAUCGCAUCUGCAGCAGAUGCUCUUUCAGAUUGCAGAACGAAAGAGGAUGAAGGCAGAAAAGAAGGAAAUGCUCACUGAGGUGAAUCGCGGGGCAGAGGAGGAGAAGCAAGAAAAUCAGGAGGAGUUAAUGAUGCAAAAAGAAAAGAUGGUUGCAGUGCAUGCGUACAACCGUAGUAUUGCCAAGCCGCCGCUUAGCAAACAUGAUAGACUCAGGCGGCGUAUUCAGCAAGAGGAGGGCGAUGACGCCGCACGCGAGCUUCAGGAGAAGAAGAUCGAGGCCAUGAAGCGAGUCCCGAUGGAACGGCUGAAGAAGAAGCAGGAAUUGUUUGAGAACCGCAAGGAGCAAUCUUGGCGUAUGUUUGAGGAGGAGAACAAGGCAAUGCGGCACAAGGAACGCACUCAGGAUGUAUUUGAACAGCGCGGCACGAGUAUCAUUGACAGCAUGGCUGCUGGGGAGGAACGUCGAAAGCAGGAGGCGUUGGAGGAGCGCCGCCGCCGCCAGGAGGAGUUUUUGCGCGUGACGAAUGGCGAGGUGGAGGAGCCGCCGGAGGGAGUGCGACGGGCAGCGACCCACCGCGCCGG